ACCCACUAUUACGCGGCAAGAGUACAUCAGAGGAGCAUCAAGUCAUAAUCGAUCGCGAACUGUUCUAGCAAACGUACAUUCCAGCUAGCAUCACCUCUCUGUAUGAUCGCAACCUGAGCCGAAUCAUCACACCCAGCAUGCAUCCGAAAAACCCCUAUUGCGCAGCUCCACCAGAUUUUGCCGCUUUAGCUUAUUCGUAUCCGGGUUUGAAACCAUUCCUCAUUGAUCGUUCUGAUGGGACAGCCAGAGUUCUCAUAGACUUCAAAAAUCCAGAGGCUAUCAGGCAACUUUCCAUAGCUCUAUUGAAGCGAGAUUUCGACCUCGAUAUUUCGCUUCCGCCAGACCGACUCUGUCCCAUGGUGCCGGGAAGACUGGACUAUUGUCUUUGGAUAAUUGACCUUUUGGAUUUACAGGAUCUGGAAAUUACAAACGGUGAAGACCUCAUCGGAGUCGAUAUAGGCACUGGAGCAUCAGCUAUCUAUCCAUUGUUAUUCUCAAGAUUGCUAUCUUGUGUUAAAAUGAUGGCCACUGAGAUUGAUCAGAAGUCUUACGAAUCUGCCCAAACCAAUAUCUCUAACAAUGAUCUGGCAAAGCAGAUCGAUCUAAUACGUUAUACCGUGAAGCAGUCUUCAAUCUUCCCCACUGCACACAUUCUUGCAUCCCCAUGUCGCCUUGCUUUUACGAUGUGCAAUCCCCCCUUCUAUUCUUCCAGAGAGGAGAUGGACGAACUGAGUUUAAAGAAAGACGCCGGACCGCUAGCGACCUGUACUGGUAGUGACACUGAAAUGAUCACAUC